UUGGCGGUUUAAUGUCGAUUCGCAUUGAUGCUAACGUGCGCACCUUUCCCCGCUCUCUAACCUGCACGCACGCCAUUUUUCUGGAACUCCGAUGGUUCAAGCCCUAAAACUAGCAUUAUCCUGUUCAAUUACCGGGCGUUUCUCUGCGGCAAAUAGCUGUAGGAUACCUAAAUUCAGCGGCCAAUUUUGCCUGAGCUUAAGAAUGACAUCGAAGCGUCGUCACCGUUCAUUUGCAACGGCAUCAGCGGCGGCAGAGGGUUCGGGCAAGGAAACUAGCAUUGAUGAGCCGAAAAUUCGGAAAAUUGCUUCGGAGGCAAGCGAUGGAAGUAGUGGGGUUGAGGAUACGCCUCUUGUGUUCGAGAAAAUGACUCUUAAGCAAAUCCAAUCUAGUUUAGGGAGCAAUGGAGCUCAUGAUGAAGGUUGUAAACAUGAACAUGUAGUGAAGAGUAAAACUGAUGCUGAAGAUUCCCCACCUCGACAAAAUCUAGCAUCUCUUGAGGAGAAGCCAGCCGUCGCUAAAAGAAAUUCCAAAAGAAAAUCUAAAGCCAUACCUGAAGAUGAGCCUGUAGCAUCCACAACCACAACCACAACCAAGGAUUCCGAAGUUUCUGGAGGCCGAAGGUCAAAGAGGCAAGUAAAACAAUCACCUAAGGACAGUGUCGACAUCCGAAUGUCACAGAGCGCUACUGAGCAAGAGCUGAUUGUUGAAUCAACUGAACUGGGAGGUAAGAAGUCCACUCAAGUGAAGAAGGUCUCUUCAAGGGUCGCAAAAUCUAAUGUUGCUGAAAAUCCUUGUGUGGAUGAGCCUUGGACUGUGCUUACUCAUAAGAAACCGCAAAAAGGGUGGACUGGUUAUGAUCCUAAAACUAUGAGGCCACCUCCAAUUGCUGCGGAUACACCGCAUGUGAAGUUGUUAUCUUGGAAUGUCAAUGGGUUGAGAGCUUUACUGAAGCUGGAAAGCUUUUCUGCUCUUGAACUUUCGAAAAGGGUAGAUUUUGAUGUACUUUGCCUGCAGGAGACGAAAUUACAGGAGAAAGAUGUUAACGCAAUCAAAGAAACUCUCCUACAAGGUUAUGACAAUAGCUAUUGGACAUGUAGCGUAUCAAAGCUGGGAUACUCAGGAACGGCUAUCAUUUCUCGUAUUAAACCACUCUCUGUGAGAUAUGGAUUGGGCAUAUCAGAUCACGAUAGUGAAGGGCGCCUUGUCACACUGGAGUUUGAUAAUUUCUACUUGUUGAGCUGCUACGUUCCCAACUCUGGUGAUGGUUUGAAACGACUGCCAUACCGGAUAGCAGAGUGGGAUACUUCGCUUGGUAACUACAUGAAAGACCUGGAACAGUCGAAGCCUGUUAUUCUCACGGGUGACUUGAACUGUGCUCAUGAAGAAAUGGACAUUUUUAACCCAGCAGGGAACAAAAGAAGUGCAGGUUUUACAGAGGAAGAAAGAAAGUCAUUUGAAACCAACUUUCUGGAUCGGGGCUUUGUCGAUACUUUUAGGAAACAACACCCUAAUGUUGUCGCCUAUUCGUACUGGGGCUACAGGCAUGGUGGACGACGAACAAAUAAAGGGUGGCGUCUUGACUAUUUUCUCGUCUCAGAAUCGAUCUCAGAGAAAGUCCACGACGCGUACAUUCUCCCAGAUGUGGGCGGAAGCGAUCAUUGCCCUGUGGGUCUCAUUUUGAAGCUGUAGGUUUGUCAUUGCUCGACCAUUUUUUUGUAAGCUAUAGUUUCUGUUAGAUAUAAGCACUGCUCCACGAAUAUGAAUUUGUAGUUGAUUUUUAGAUUAUUAUGAUAGCAGUAUUUUGGUCCCAAAA